UGUGACCAAACAUUUGGGUUUGUGAGUGUAUUUUGGCGCAAAAAUCGUUGGCAAAUUUCUGCACAAAUGAAUUAUUUUCCACAUUACUACUCCAUCGAGGACAUUUUUGUGACGCAGGAAAAGGUGGAGUGCAGGGUUAACACAAGGCUGCAGCGAAUGGGAUUCUUGGAUGCGGGGGACUCGCAAACUGACCACUUGGAACCGGGACGCAUUGUCAACUUGCCUCUCUGGUACAUUAAAGAGCUAAAGGUAAACAAUGCUUAUUUCACCGUUUGCAUUCCGGAAAUCUACAAAAAUGUUCACAAGGCCGUCUGCGAGGCAGAAACAACACACAUUGAAUUAGGGCGCUUACAUCCUUAUUUCUAUGAAUUCGGCCGCUAUUUGACACCCUAUGAUAGCAAUCAUGUCAUAGGGCGAAUAAUCUUCGAGACACUGCGUCAACGAGUGCGUCAUCUGCUGGACAUAUCAAAGAAUGAUGACCAGAGCAGGAUCAGCAAGACGGAACAUCGACUGGAUAACGUUGAGGCCAAUCUUCAUAUAGCGGGUAUGAAAACUAAUGCGCAGUAUGUCAAAUGGCUGCAGAUGUCCAACAAUAACAUUUGCAUCUCUGAAUUGGUGGAGGAGCAUCAGAGGAAACGUUUGCGGGUCGAUCUUAGCGAUAAACAAAUAGAAAGCUCACCUCCGUAAGGACUUCUUAUAUAUAUU